AUUAUGUUAAAUACUCAUAGAAAGAGAAAUAACACGUAUAUAUGUGUGUGUGAUGAGUUUUUGUUUGGUGGGUGAGUUCUUGCACAGUGAUGGUAUGAUGGCUGAAUCUGAUAACGAGUCAGGAGGAGGAAAGAAUGAAUCUUCAAUCUGCAGAGAGCAAGACAGGCUCCUUCCCAUAGCCAACGUGGGCAGGAUCAUGAAGAAGGUGUUGCCGGGCAACGCUAAGAUUUCCAAAGAAUCAAAAGAAACCAUGCAAGAGUGUGUGUCUGAGUUCAUCAGUUUUGUAACAGGAGAGGCUUCUGAUAAGUGUCAGAAAGAGAAAAGAAAGACCAUCAACGGAGAUGAUCUUCUGUGGGCCAUGGCCUCGCUUGGCUUUGAAGAUUAUGCAGAGCCCCUCAAAGCUUAUCUGCACAAGUACAGGGAGAUGGAAGGAGAAAAAACUGCUAUGAUUGGGAAGCACCAUGGUGCUACUGGCUUUUAUGCAAAUCCACUGUGAUCAUAUUCAUGAUGGUCACAUAAAAAAGGAUACAUGUGUGGAUCUCUGCUAAAGUUUGUUGCUUGAAUUUCUGCUGUUAUUGUGAAUAUAGGUAAUUAUGUAUGCUUAUAGGGAUUUAGGAUCUUUAUAUUCCUUUUCAUCUUAGUUUGCUGCAGGGAUAGGAACUAAGAGUAGGAAUUGUUAGGCUUGUUUCAAUUGCAAUAUACUAUGUAUACAUUUCAAUUUCUAAGUGGUUUGCAUUUGAGGUCCAAAUAAAGUAAGAGGGUCAAAUAUUUAAGC